GGGACUAUUUCUUUGCGCUGCGCUGUUUUGUUUUCCACAAGAUGAGGAGGAAACUUCACGACAACUAAAAGCGAACUGUAGCAUGCAACAGCCAGUCAUGGCCUCGUCUGAGAGGCUCUGCUCGGAGCUGGUGGCCCGGGAGAGGAGCGGACACACGGCUGUGGUCGAGGGAAACCUGCUGUAUGUGUGGGGUGGUUACAUGUCAAUUGCUGCUGAGGAGGUUUUCCUUCCCAACGAUGAAAUCUGGGUGUACGACUUAGAACGAGGCGCAUGGGAAGUGUUUCACAUGUCAGGGGAAGUCCCUCCCUCUAUGUCUGGCACCUGCGGCUGCUCUGUGAAUGGUUACUUGUACAUAUUUGGGGGUUGUGAUGACAAUGGACAGACCAAUGAGAUCUAUUGUGUCAACCUGACAGAUGGUAAAUACAUGUGGAGGAAGCUCAUGCAUGAGGUCGGUUCUGCUCCCUCACCUCGAGACAAACUGUCCUGCUGGGUUUACAAUGAAAGGAUCAUCUACUUUGGAGGAUAUGGUCGAAAACAGCUGACUUAUGUUGAUAGCAGGAACAGAAGCUUCAUUGUAGAUGAAGCAUCAUGGAUGGAAGAUGUCUUCUGGGGUUGGAACAACGAGGUUCAUAUAUUUGACACCAUGAAAGCCAGUUGGAGUGAACCACAGACCAAUGGCCGUGCUCCAGCUCCCAGGGCCGCCCACGCAAGUGCAACAAUCAGCUGUAGAGGAUACAUUUGUGGAGGCAGAGUCAUGGAAACUAGGACGAGUGACAUUCACUGCCUGGACUUUCAAACAUGGACGUGGUCAGAAAUAAUCCCAGCGUCCACCUCUCCGGUGGGCAGAUCGUGGCAUACGCUCACAGCUGUAUCAGACGGCGCCUUGUUCCUGUUUGGAGGACUCAGUGUAGACUGCAAACCAAUGAGUGAUGGCUGGUUGCUUGAUGUUGAAACAAAGAAAUGGAGAGAAGUUGAGCAUCCCUUUAAAAAUAAGCCAAGGUUGUGGCACACAGGGAGUCCAGGCAAAGACAAUGAUGUCAUCGUGUUUGGUGGAAGCUGUGACUCUAUUCUCCUUGUUGACACCGGUCACUGCAAUGAUGCACUUGUUUUCCAGACACAGCCAUAUCCUCUUUUCAGGAUUUGUGAGGAUUACAUUGCAAUGAAUGUGAGGAACCAUGAGACGCUCAGAUAUCAACUUCCUCUUCUUCCUCCUAAACUACUGACGGCAGUACAGGCGAGGAUGUCUUUCUACAGGCCUUCAAAGAAGCAAAGAUAUUAGUUCAAAUAAUGUUUUCAUUGCCAAAAACAAUGCAAUAUCAUACAAUUUCUUAUUUAAGUACUCCCUUCAGUGUGAACAUUCCAGUCACACUGUGGGACAGGGGUUUUAUUUUUUAAAUAUACUGUGCAAACAUAUUUAUGGUGUUUUAUUAUAUUGUUUUAGAGAUGCAGAUUCUAUUUUGUACAGUCUGCCUGCUGAAUACUCUUACAACCUGUGAUGACUGUGAUGAUUAAAAGGCACAUUGAACUGUG